AUGAAGCUUUUCAAUCCGUUGGUUUUACCGACGCUGAUCGGUAUACAAGCAGAUUCAUCGGUCGAAAAUGAAGGCCACAAUGCGAUCAACGCGCCUUACGAAGAGUCUGUCAAAAUGUACGACGCUUUUGUUGCCAACUCGGCAAAAGCGUUUCUCAAAUCUUCAAAACCAGGCAGCAAGCUUGAAUUUACAGCGAAAAAGGGGAUUUCGUUGCCAACGAUGUUUAUGGCUCGCGAGUUGAAGGAAUCGGUUUGCGCUGAUACCCAGCUAGUCCCUGAAGACACUUGCCCAGAUGUCCGCUCACAACGUUACCCAACAGUAGAUGGCAGUUGCAACAAUCGAAUCGACAUCAGCCGCGGAAAAGCUUUCCGCCCACUGAAGAGACUCGUUCCAGUACAGUAUGAUGACGGAUUUGGCAGUAUCCGAAGAAGUGUCUCUGGAGUAGAUCUUCCAUUAGCUCGUGAAGUCUCAAAUGUGAUCCAAAAUCCAACUCCGUCCAAGGAUGCCAAAGUCAAUCACAUGUUCACCCAGUGGGGGCAGUACAUCGUUCACGAUCUCGUCCACACGCCAGUGGUCGUCACUCCAGAGGGUGAUCUUGACUGUAAUUGUGAGAACCCCGCUGCCGAAUGCAUCAACAUCCCAAUCCCAGAAGACGACACUCAGUUCCUCAACGGCAACAAAACGUGUUUCUCGCUACCGCGCUCUAUUCCAACGCCAAACUCAAAAUGUCAGUUUUUCAACCGCGAGCAGAUCAACCAGUUGAGCAGUUUCAUCGAUGCGACAACCGUUUACGGCGUAGAUGACGAGCUUUUGUCUGAUCUUCGAGAUCCAGAGUCGGAUGCAGGCGAGUUGAAGGUCAACACGAAAUAUAGCGGUGACUUCCACGGAGCGAAUUUGCCUGCCGCAUCUGAUAUGGAGAAAUCAAAGAAGAAACCACGCUGUCCGGCAGCUCUUAAUGUCGGAAUGGAGUCCUGUCCUUUCGCUGGUGAUAGAAGAGUCAACGAGAAUGCGGGUUUGGUAGGAAUGCACACGAUCUUCCUCAGAGAACACAAUCGAGUCGCCCGAGAGUUGAAGAAGGUCAACCCCGAGUGGAGCUCUGACACGAUCUUCGAGGAGACACGGUUGAUCAUCAACGCCAUGCACCAGCUGAUCACAUACAAAGAGUACCUCCCUAUUCUCCUCGGACCCAAGUUCGUCGACCGUUACGACUUAGGAAUCACUCCCAAUGGCUAUUACUAUGGUUACGAUGCAACAAUCGACGCGACAAUUUCCAAUGUAUUCACGACCGCUGCCUUCCGAUUUGGCCACAGUAUGAUUAACGAUGAGUUCUCACGCUUUUCCGCCGACUGGGCUGACCUUGAAGGGACAUUGCCACUUAGAAACUCGCAGUUCAACCCUGGUUCGUACCUCAACGAUACCUCAAACUUGCUCAAUCCAAUCCUCCGAGGUUUGAUGGAAGAUCCCUCCUUCGCCAUGGAAACUACUUUCCCAGACUCGAUGCGAAAUUUCCUCUUUGCGCAAGGAGACAAAUUUGGCAAGGAUUUGCUCGCCAUUAACAUCCAGCGUGGACGAGAACACGGUUUAGGCACUUACAACGACUACCGUACAUUCUUCGGUAUGCAGCGUGCCCGUGACUUCAGCGAACUCAAGGAAAUCCCGUACGAAAUGCGAGAACGACUUCGAUCCGUCUAUGCUCACGUUGACGACAUCGAUGUCUAUGUUGGAGGCCUUGCAGAAACGCACGUAGAAGGUGGACUUGUAGGACCGACUUUCGCACACAUCAUGGCUCUUCAGUUCCGGGAGCUCAAGGCUGGUGACCGAUUCUACUUUGAACAUGGCGCUUGCGAGACGAUCUUUACCCCUCUUCAGCUAGAUGAGCUGCGUAAAUUCACCCUCUCUCACUUGAUUUGUUCCUGCACUGAUACCGAGUCCAUCCAAAAGAAUCCCUUUUUCGCCGUUUCCGAAGAGAACCCUCGAAUUUCAUGCGAUGACGAGUUUUUCAAACUCGAUUUGUCAGCAUGGAAAGAAUCAUUUGUUCACACUAAGUCGCACGAGGGCUUCAUGGACACUGGAAAGUGGUCUGAAUGGUUCCCACCAGUUUCUAAGCCAAAAUCGCUCGACCUCGACGUCAUCAACAAAGAACGUCCGGACGAUGUUUGCCUAAACUCGAUCGCUUCCGAACUUCGAUUUGUCAAUGACCAGCCUCAAAUCCGAUUUAUUUGUCCCGCUGGCGAAAUUUUAUCUAAUGACUUUCCCCCAGCCUGCAUGGACCGGGGCAGAUGGACCAGCUGGUUCGACCACUCCAAUCCAAGCGGACACGACGGCGACGACAUUGAGGAACUUCGUGUUCUUAAUCGAGAACGUCCUGGUGAAAUCUGCGACAAUCCACUUUUUAUGCAGGCUCAAUCAACGGAUGAAAUUCCAGCUCGCGAAACUGGCGACGUUUUUGCCGUGUUCGAUCCCCGACGAGGUCUCAUCUGCCGCGGCGCCCAUCAAGUCGACAAGAAAUGUCACGAUUACAGAGUCAGAUUCUUCUGUCCUGAGGGAUCGAUUGAGCCGCCUUCCUCUCUUUCAAAGGAUCUGGAGGAUGCAAUCAACGAAGAAUUCCUCGCCUGGACCGAGUGGUUCUCCGCUGAUGAGCCGGACGAAAGUGGUGACAUCGAAUAUCUUGUGGCCGCACGGGAAAUGAUGCCAAGCAUUUGCAUCCAUCCUCAUGCGAUCGAAGCUCGAGCCAUUAGCGACAAGAAGCCUGCCCACGAAACUGGCGAUGUUUUCAAAGUCUUCAAUAAAGACAAGGGAUUAGUCUGCCAAAAUACCGACCAGAGCGACGGCAAAUGCGACGACUAUCAAGUUCGAUACUUGUGUCCCGCUUACGAAAACGACAUGGAGGACUACUUUGAAGAGUUUGAGAGUAUGAACUCUGAAGCGUUUAAUCAAUACCGAGUCGAUGCAGGUAACUCUCCCGCCAAGAAUUUGGCGCGCAAGCUCUGUCACGAGCACGACCUCUGCUGCAAUGACGAACUUGGCGUAUUGCGAGGCAUGUCGUUUAGCGGAAUCUAA